ACAAACACGGAUUCUUUGAGUAAACACCUCGCUCUAAGAAGUUAUGGAACCUAAUUCUCCUGAUUUGAAGGUGUUAACAGCGCCUCAAUUAUACAACAUGGAUGUGAUGAAUGGUGGACACUUGAGUGGCCAGCCGGCAUUUCCAGGACAACCCUUUAAUCAAGGGAAAUCCAUUCAAUUUGAACAGGAAGAUCCGUCAACUUACGGCGACUAUUCCGACGGCGACGACGAAGGUUUUAGUGCAAACGUACAAAAAACGGGGAAGAAGACGAAAGGACGUGUUAAGAUUAAAAUGGAGUUCAUUGAGAAUAAACUGCGAAGAUACACGACAUUUAGCAAACGAAAAACUGGGAUAAUGAAAAAGGCUUAUGAACUUUCAACAUUGACUGGUACCCAGGUAAUGCUACUUGUGGCCAGUGAGACUGGCCAUGUUUACACCUUCGCAACCCGCAAACUGCAGCCCAUGAUAACAAGCGAAAGUGGCAAGGCCCUCAUCCAGACCUGCCUAAACUCUCCCGAUCCCCCUCCAGCAGGCCCAGGCCAGCAACAGGCAGUUGAGCAGAGGAUGAAUCCAGGCGGCUUUGAGGAGACUGAAUUGACUUAUGCUGUGGACGAUGAAAAUGAGAAGUCAUUGAUGGAGGCUGGUGGCGGUGGUGUGAAACCGGUCUACACAAUGACAGCCUCCAGCUCCAUGGCCCAAGAGGCGCAGGGUUACAUCCAGGCCACAACCCCACCACAGGCGCAUACACAAUCUAACUUAACAGGCCAGGUAGUGCAAGUGAGCACCCCACAGCCGACCCAUGUUAAACCCAGCCCUACCACACAACAGGCGAGCUCCAUUGCUGUCCAGCUGCCCGGGCUACCGCCAGGCUUCAUACUUCAACCAGGCAUGUCAUUCACAAUCCCAGUCCAGACUUCACAGCAGUCUCAGUCCCAAUCGUCACAGCAACAGGCCACGUACCGCUUCCCGGGUUCAACACAGCCAGUGAUGACCAGUGCUUCCCUAGUACAGGCAGACACAAGUCAGAGGUUACAAACCAACGGGACAGCCACUGUCUCACAGCCCACUGUCAGUGUUGUCACACAGAGUGGUCAGCAGGCAAUGACACCGAGUGUAUUUAUGUACCAGACACCCCAGGGUAUUGUGUAUGCCCCGGCCACCGGCACAAUGCAGGAUAAGACAAUCUUCAACUUGCAGCCUUCAACCAAUGAUAACAAUGGUCAGCAACAACAACAGCCAUUCAUCAUCCCUAUCCCCGUCUCCCUUGCCGGAUCUCAACAGGUGUUACAGUUCUCUCCACCACCUGAGCACCCGAUUAAGUCUGAGCUUCCUCUAUCACAGCCGACUGGCGCAAAGAAAAGGAAGGUCUGAUUGGUUCCCUGCCCCAGGGGGAGGGGCUUCACAUGGUGCUAUAUUGAGCCUUCCCAAGCUUGACAAGUGAGAGGGGAAGGUGAUGGUUAAUAAGUUGAAGGCCAAUCCUGGCACAAGAGUCGGCUAGUGUGCAAUGGGAUCAAAUGUAAAUACACGACAUAAUAAAUUAUUAAUAUGUAUAUUUUGCAAAACAAAUGGCUGAUGGUUAUGCAUUAAAACAUGUCAAGAUGUGUAAAUACAUUGCUUUGAGUGACAUUAUAAAUGCCAUGACCCUAAAGCUACAUUGUAACAUUUGUAUAUGAGACUUGUUUUAACACUGCUGCAUAAAUUAAUCUUAUUAAUCAAGAUGCAUUACAGUUUUUAUUAUUUUUUUGCAAUAUUUAAAACUACUUGAUUAUGGUGACAUGUACCAUUGUCCACUUUGGUAUUUUGAUUUUGUCAUAACUUGCAAACAAUCAAAUUAUAUUUUUGUACAAGUUGGUUCACACAUUUGCAAUGAGCACACAUAUAUAAGGCCAACCUUAAAAAAAUUCUUGUUUGGAGUAACCCUACCCAGAUUUUUUAAGGUGGGUAGGUAGGUAGGUUUUUUUUUUUUUUUUUUUUUUUUUUUUUUUUUCUCCAACGACAACUGGAUCUUGUGUACAGUACAUUCACUACAUAACACUAGUUAUUCAAGGCAUUGUAAUAAACUUUUGAACAACAAACAUCUUAACUUCUGAUCCUUUAGUAGCUCUCCGGGAUUGUUUCAUCAUUCUCCAUUAAAAUAUCAAAUACAUCGUACCAUGUGAAGUCGACAUUGAAUUUUCUUACAAAGUUGUUUUUAAUUUUUUUAUUUAAGUAAUUUAUUGUCACACAAAACGUAAUUUCGUUCGGUUCACGUUCGACAAACUUGCAGUCAGCCAUGUUUUCGAAACGCUCAUUGCGAUCAGAGAUAAAAACCGAAGCUCUACGAGUGUGUCUACAAAUCGAAAAGAACCGAAACAAAAGAAAAGAGCAGAAACAGAAAAUAGUAGUGGAAAGGCGUUGAAAAAAAAAAUUCGCGGAUCAAAAUGCCAAAAAAAAUUUUGAGUCGGCAACGAUUUUUAUGGGUCGGUCGCGUUACUCCAAACAAGAAAUUUUUUAUUUUAGGCCUAAAGGAAGUCCCUGUCUUUAAUAUUUCAAUGCAUGUGAAACUUGAACCAGCGAUAACAUCUGCUGGCAUGGCUACAGCCCACAGUGCUUGUGGUAUGUAUUUGUUCAUACAUGCAUUUUCAUAUUGUAUUUUACAAAUUGGCAAAAACUUAUUGCUUUGUUAAAUAUUAUGAGGAUUUUACCAUUUUAACAUUAAAUGCUAAUACUUGUGGUUUUAUAAGCAGUUUAUGGUUGUAGAUAAAAUAGCUAUAAAACCUUGCAAUCCACUUGCACUUCAAUGCUCAUUAAAUGGGAAUAAGAUUAAAUUUAUUGAUUGAUCUUUAACAUUAGGAAAAUAGAUAAACUUUCCUUUUUGUCUUUAAUUUUAUGAACGGUUAAAUGGAUCAUUGUGGUACUGUCUGUGUCCGUGCUAGAUCUGUUCAAAUGUUCAUUUUAAUAAGUAAUCUUGAUCAAAUGUUGAUAUAAUAAUCAUUUUCUUUCUUGAUAUAUUUUAGUAAUUAUGUUUCUGAAAGAUCUUUAUUAGCUCAAACUAGAAAUGAUCUGAGCCUUAUUUAAACCUACAUGUAAUGCACGAGUCAAAUUUAACCACGGCCUCCCCAGGUCCGGGGAAUAGCUGAGACUUUGACUUUCGGUCCAGCCAAGCCCAGGUAAAAUCUCCGCCCUGUGAGGAAGAACUGCUUGUAAAAUCCCUGCCAAAUGCCCCCUCACCCCAGGGAACCUAGGUAAUGACCAUUCCCCGCUAUUUUGGUGUGAAGACAAAACCACCGCUUUCACCCGACACUGCGGGCCACCGGAAAGGUAAAAACACAGCCCAUUUCCCCCGCUAUCCCCAGUAUACCCCCGGAUCUGACGGGGCCAUGGUUACAAUUGACUGGUGCAUAAGGGUAACAACCUCUGUUAAGAUCAAGAUGUAAGGGUUGAGACCUUCUUGUAGGGGUGACAUCCCUCCUUUGAUACCUACAUUUAAGGGUUACAACCCUCAUUUGACCUACAUGUAAAGGUUAAAAUCCUCAUUAAAACCUACAUGUAAGAGGGUUUUUAACCCCCAUUUUAGACCUACAUUUAAGGGUUACACCCCUCAUUUGGAGUUGGACCUACAUGUUAUGGUUACAAACCUAAUUUGAGACCUUCAUGUAGCAGUUACAAACCUCAUUUGAGACCUACAUUUAAGCGUUACAACCCUCAUUCAGACCUACAUGUAAAGGUUACAAUCCUCAUUCAGACCUAUAUUUAAGGGUUACAACCCUCAUUCAGACCUACAUGUAAGGGUUACAAGCCUCAUUCAGACCUAUAUUUAAGGGUUACAACCCUCAUUCAGACCUACAUGUAAAGGUUACAAUCCUCAUUGAGACCUAUAUUUAAGGGUUACAACCCUCAUUCAGACCUACAUGUAAGGGUUACAACCCUUAUUUGGACCUACAUGUAAGGGUUACAAGCCUCAUUCAGACCUACAUGUAAAGGUUGCAAUCCUCAUUGAGACCUAUAUUUAAGGGUUACAACCCUCAUUCAGACCUACAUGUAAGGGUUACAAGCCUCAUUCAGACCUAUAUUUAAGCGUUGCAACCCUCAUUCAGACCUUCAUGUAACAGUUUCAAACCUCAUUUGAGACCUACAUGUAAGGGUUACAAGCCUCAUUCAGACCUACAUGUAAGGGUUAUAAGCCUCAUUCAGACCUUCAUGUAAGGGUCACAACCCUCAUUAGAUCUACCUGGAAGGGUCAAAACCCUCAUUGAGACCUACAUGUAAGGGUUGCAAUCCUCAUUAAGGACCUACUUGUAAGAGUUACCACCUUUAUUUAGACCUACAUGUAAGGUCAACGACCCUCAUUAGAUCUACUCGGAAGGAAUAAAACCCUCAUUGAGACCUACAUGUAAAGGUUACAAUCUUCAUUAAGGACCUACUUGUAAGGGUUACCACCUUUAUUUAGACCUGAAUGUAAGGGUAACAACCCUCAUUGAGACCUACAUGUAAGGGUUACAACCCUCAUUCAGACCUCAUUAAUUAUAUUAUUAUAAUCCCAUACCUGAAAUGACCAGUUUUUAGGGUCCACAUAUAAUUGCUUUGUUAGUUGUUAUAUACAUGUAUUAUGUUAAUGUAAUCUGCCAACAAGAUGCCUUUUCCAUUCAAUUCAUCGACAGCUUACAUUAUGUGUAAAUGUGCUUGUUUUAAUUGACUCUUUUAAUGAUGUUCAUAGUUACAUGUAUGUUGUUGAGAUUCUCCCUGUGCCAACAUUUAUAUAUAUAUUUAUGGAGUAUGUUUUAAUGAUUGUUGUAUAUUGUUUUUUGAGAUGAUUCAUAUGACUUGUUAAUGUGAAUGUUUAGAAUUUACUGUUGCAAAAGUGCAAUGUCCUAAAAUGUGUGUGUUAAGACAACGAUUUGAAAGUUCAACCAAUUCACUACCAGAACAAGAGGUUUACUGGCUUUUACUGGUCUUGAGUACCAUUUAUAUGUUUUGAAUGCUGAUAGAAGUGACAGACAGACAUACUGAUUAUAUGUAUGUAUAUAAAUAGAUGUGCAUAUCUUUUGAUAUCUUUCGUCCAUAAAAUCUGAAUAGUUUUAAUGCAGGCAAAAUGGACAAAACAUCUAACGUUAAGUGAAAUUUCAGCUGUUAAGCUAUGUUUGUAUUUAUUUUCUACACGUGUGACUCUGUUGAAAGGCACAUUUAAAGUAUGUGUUGACCAUUAUGUCUGUUAUUAUUCCUGCCAUUCAUCAUAUUUCUUGGGAGCUUAAUGGUACAUUAAUUAGCAUUAUGUUUCUGGAACUAAUGUAUUUUUGUAUACUACAUGAUGUCACUAUUUUUGUACGAGACCAAAUUUGAAUAAAAUAAAAUCCUGAGAAGAAUU